AUGGUAAAACAAUGUACAUCAUGUGGAAGCAGUGAAUUAGAGAGCGCAGAAGGCACUUUGGUGUGUACACAAUGCGGAACUAUUUUGAAUGAAGUGAAACUGGUGUUUGAGGAGGAGACCUCCGUUAAGAUCGAUGCAAUCUCCAACUCCAAGAGUAUCUCUAACAAGAAGCGUGACUCUUCCUCUGUACUAAGAAGAUAUACAUCUACUUCUGAUGUAAUUACAACGAAUUUAUUGAAUAGUAUUGAUAUAACAUGUGAUAAAUUAAAGUUAAGUUCAACACUAAAGAAUGAAAUGAUUGGAUUCUAUAAUAAUGUACUUAGAGUACGUUCUUCCAUAAAGAAACACCGUGCCGACUUGAUAGCUGGUGGUCUUGCAUACAUCUCAAUCAAGCACAACAAGAAACCUUUAAGUUUAAUGGAUAUUUCUCCAAUGGAUAUGAGUGAUUUGUCAACGUUUGUCGAUAGAGUGCUCUCUCACUAUAAGACUCAGUUUGAUAACGAAGAUAUGAGAUUCUUGAGAAAGUUGACUGUGGAGCUGAUAAACUAUGCCGAUAAGAAUCAGAUUGUCGAUGGUCGUGCACCCAACAAUAUAGUGGUUGCAUGUGUGUAUAUGUCGAUGCAAGCCAAGACCGGAGCACUGCCCGAUCUCAAAAAGAUAUCGUCGGUACUCUCCACCAGUAUCAAAUGCAUAACCGAUCGGUACAAAGAGCUGAAGCGACAGCUGGUCACCUACAGUAAGAAGUCGGCGUUCCUCGGCAAGCUCAUCACCGAGAAGAACUUCCAUCAGUACAUUCCCAUCAUUCUGAAAGACUACAAUCUGAAUAACCCGACAACCAACCAGAUUAACGAUAGCGAUGAAACUCUCUAUGAUAGCGGUGACGAUGUCAACAGCGGUGGUAGUGGAUCCGACGACGAAAAAGAUGAGCAAGAAAACAACAACAACAACAACAACAACAACGAAAGAAACGAUGAGGAAAACAACAACAGCAACAACAACAACAAUGAAAAUCAAAAGGAUAAAGAAACGUUGGAACAAAUCCCGAUACCUGGAAAACCACCAAAGAAAGUAAAGUACACCGAGAAAGCAGCGGAGAAGGAAAAGAAGAAGAACGAAAAGAAUCUGUUUAGUAUUUAUCGUGGCGAGUACUAUCGUCAGUCGAAAGACGGACUUGUUGAACCACCAGCCUUUAUCAAGUCAUCAUUCAGAAGAAUAACAAGGAAGAUCAAGUUGAUCGAUGCCAAACUCCGACUUUCCAAGAUGAAUGCUACCAACAAUAACAAACCAAUCAAAGUGACUGAAGAAGAGUUGAAGUUUCUCGAAGAAUACAACAGAUUCCGACUGCCUUCAACUCUUAACGAAGAAUUACUCUAUGAGAAACUACUAAUGUAUAAUGUUGAUGAAGAAAGUAUUUUGAUUGGAGUCGAUUUGGAAACAGUAGAGUUGGAGAACUCAGAGUGCAAGUCGCACCCUGAUUUGAUGAGUAGCGAUCUCGGGGAGUGUGAUAUUCCAUCAGCUAGACUUCACAACUUUUUGAGAAGCGACGAAGAGAAGAAAAUAGUGGAGAAGCUCUAUCAGAACUCAAAGAUCGAUAUGGAUGUAAAGACAAAGAAAGAGAUUAAAGAGGAACAACUCAAAGCAAUGUAUCCAGGUAUCGAUAUCUCCAGCAUGCUCACCGGAGCCAAGCAACCUAAACCCAUUAAGAAGGAAGUCAACAACAACAACACCACGACAACCAACCCUCCAACUAACUUGCCAACUAACUUACCUUCACCAAAAAUCAUCAGUGCUAACAAUCCAAAGUCAGCUGCAUUAAUAUCUUCACUCAAACUAAAUAAUAAUAAUAGUAAUUGUAAUAAUAGUCAAAAAAGUAAAGAUGAAGAAGAAGAUGAAGAUGAAGACGAAGAUGAGGAUGAGGAUGAAGAAGAAGAAGAAACUAAUGUUCAAAGUAGCUAUGGUUCAGUAUUUCAAAGAAGAGCACUUGAAAGUAAUAGUUAUGACAAUUACAAUAACUAUGAUGAUGAUGAUUACUAUUAA